AUGGCCAAGAAGCGCCCAGUCCCUAUCGACCACCCCGAGGAGCCUCUCACGCAGACCCCCCAAAAGCGAGCCAGAAAGUCUCCCGCAGACAAGAAGCCCGCCAUCCACGCGCCGCAUCCUCCCUCUCCAUCCCUCUCCCCCAACGACAAGACCCGAGGUACGCCGUGUGUAAAUCCCACCGCCGUGGAGAAAGACCUGUACACCGAGGCGUUCUUCGCAGACAUGGCCUAUACCAUCGCACGCAUCUUCCCCUUUGAGCAAUUCGCCGAGAAGCACGGAUGUGCCGUCAGUUUGGUCUCCCAGGCCCUGAUGGCCACUAUGAUCGCCCCGUGGUCCGAUCCCAGCUUCGAUUGGCAGGAAGACCCUGACUGGACCAUUGUGCGCUUCGGCGAGGGCAUGGUCGACAACUGGAAACGGUACUAUAACGAUACGAUGGAGAACUGCAGGCCACCCUGCCCUGGCUGGGGCGAUGAGGACCCGGAGAACUUCCCGACCUCCCCGACCGUCACCUCCUCCAGCUCCGACGACGAGACAUCUGUAUCGACGUACUCGACCACCGACCAGUCCGAGACCACCCAACAGGAGAUUGAGGGGGCUUGGUCCCUCUCAAAGCCCGGAGGACACCCGGUCGCCCGGCCCCCUCCGCGAUCGAUCCUCAAAAAACAUGAGAUUUCUGCAGCCGGUGGGCGAUCCAAGAAGUCGCUGUCCUGGCAGGAAGAAGGAGGUCUUUCUCCCAGAUGA